AUGGAGAGGUACAUAACUCCACGGCCGGAUUCUUUUGAUUUGUGCUUGUGCAGAAACUGUGAAGAUAUUGGCAUGUCAAUUCCCGUUGCUAACUUGCUAAUGCCGCUGGUGCUCCUCCAAUUUGGGUGCAAGAAUUGGUCGCUGUCGUUCACCGCUGCAGUCCUCUGCGUGCAACUCAUUGAGCUUUCUGGGUACUCUUGCUCCGAGCACACAAUUCAGACGAAAGAUGGGUACUUACUGGAUUUGAGAUGUGAAGGACUAUUAGAAGUCGUGUUUGCUAGUGCAAUUUCUUUUUCAGGUGACGCAUGGUUCUUAAAUUCUCCAGAAGGAUCUCUGGGAUUCAUCCUUGCAGAUCAAGGUUUUGAUGUAUGGGUAGGGAAUGUGCAUCAAACACGUUGGAAUCAUGGACACACAUCUUUAUCAGAAGAGAAUAAGGGAACGAUCAUGUCUUUGGCUGCUCUCACCCAGCCGGAUAUAGCAGAACUGGUUGAAGCUGCCGCGCUUUUCUGUCCAAUAUCAUACUUGGAGCAUAUCACUUCUAAAUUUGCUUAG